AAACAAGGCUUGUGUUGUGGAAACCAAACCCUAUAUAAGUGCAGGCGUUUCAGUGUUCUGCAAGAGGCAUAACUUAACUGUCUGCUUCGGAACUUUUAAAAAUGUAUACACUGCUGGUUGCCGUUUUUCUGGGUUUCUUUCCCAUCGCCUUGUCAAAGACUUGCACUGAAUGAAACACAACGUAUAGCGCCACGACUAAAGGUGCCGACAACAAUGCAAAAUGCACUGCCCUCAGCACCUACCUGACUUGUCUCGAGACCUCUGCUAAGGGUGAAGCUGGGUGUCCACUCCCAAGUGCUGACGCAGGCGCCAUCGAGUCUAAUUACACAGGCGCCACUUGCUCGGGUUCGUUCACUGACACCUGUAUCUGUCAGAAGACCUUCUGGAAGACUGCCCAGGCAGAUGACGCUGCUACCUGCACGGAAGCCAGGAAGUACCUGACUUGUCUGAAGGGGAAGACUGAUAAGGCUUGUGACGGCACGUCCACUGUUGCUACUCUGACUGCUGGUGUGGAGACAAGGAUGAAGGCUCUCACGGGAUGCACUAUCAGCCCUACCUGCCAGUGUGAGAUUAUCGCCAUGAAGGCAGACAUGUCCACCGAGGUCAAGAAAUGCACCGUCCUAAAGACCAUGGAAACCUGCCUGUCCGCCAUCAAAACCACCGCCGAGGCCGGAUGCACCAGCACCACUCAGGCCACCCUGCUCACCAGCACAACGGAAAUGUACAAGAAAGAAAAAUGUGCAAGUGCUGGUGCUGGUGCUGAUCACGUGACUUUUGUGGUGACGCCCCUGUUGGUCUCGGUGUUGGCCAGCAUCUUUCUGUAAAAGCCUCAACCGGUCGUGUAUUAAGUCGACAAUUUCUCUUCUUUGUUCCUUCUUCGUCAGUUGCUCUUCAGAAUUGCUAAAAGGUCAUUACAAAGAGCAUCUAUGAUAUAAAUCCAUCCUUAUAUUGAAUACAGUUUUCUAUGCUAUUUCUACUCUAUCAAUCCUUUAAUCGUAUGGUAAAUCGGGUUGUUUUAUGCAAGCAUCAUAUCAAUACAUGAUAGUAUGUGGUAAGUAUACAGUUAGUACGUAAUACUAUGACAUUGUCUAGUUCGUUAUGUGGUCGUGGCUUAUGACGUAUACAGCGCUCUGUCGUUUGUCACUGACCGCAUCAAGUUGACCACAUAAAUAUAUUCUAAUGCAUUCUGAUAUUAACGUUGUAGAAAUAAUAUUCCAAAAUUGAAUUCAGCUCCAAUUCAAAGACAGCUCAACUAACGUUCAGUUAACUAACAGUUUUAUUCAGAUUCUUUAAACAUUUCGUGACGUUUGUUCUUUUUUUUUACUGAAAGACUUUGCACCCGUUGAACAUAUCAUUCACACCUAUGAUAUACUGAAACGCUACAACAUAAUUAAGAGACAAUGAUACAAUUACCCUGUGGAUUUCACGCUUUGGAAUCAUCUAUUGUAUAUUAUUUGACAAGACCUUUUGAGCUGUGUGUUUGUUCUCAGUCACGUGUGACGCCAUCCAAGAGAAAACACAAUUGCUGCAAUACAUGACGUUAAUAUUUGCCAUCGUUGUCUGUCAAUAUUUGCUGAACAUUCUCCACAAGCAUUAUGUUUCUUGACUUAUAAAACUACUCGGUGACAUAUCGUUUCAGAACUGUCUUGAUGUUUGUAUAUUUCAACCCACGUGGUCCGUACCCUGAUGACGUGUUGAGUUACUGAUUGCAAAUCAGUUGUUUCACUGAAAUAAACGGCACUGAUCACGAAAAAA